AUGGGCGGCCGCUUCGCCUCGUCGUCGUACUCGGACUCGGACGACGAUAGAGUUGGUGGCUCGCUUGCCACAGCUGUGUUGGACCCGGACCAUGCAGAGAAGUCGCUGGCAGAAAUGGCUCUGGAGAUGGACGGAAUCGAGGCGGACGAAAGUGGAAGCAGAACGACGCCAGAGGCUGGUGGCGGUGGUGAUGACGCUGACCUGGCCGGCGAAGACCGCCGGGAUGAUGGGGUUUUUGAUCCGCGAUGGGUCUACCGCGAUGCGCUCCGCAAGGUGACGACGUACGACCUGCUGCCCGAGUCGUCCAAGGUUGUGGUGCUCGACACGCGACUGCUGGUCAAGGACGCGUUCCAGGUACUUGUGGAGAACAAUGUGCGCUCGGCACCGUUGUGGGAAGCCGAGCGGCGCGCGUACGUCGGCCUUAUCUCAAUGACCGACUUUAUUGCCGUCCUUAAGCACUUUUACCGCUCGCCGCUUGCCGGCAUGGACGAGCUUGUCGAGUACUCCAUCUCGCGGUGGCGCGAGCUGGCGGCGUCGGACCCGGACGCACCCGGGCGACUCAUCCACAAGCUUGUGUAUGCCGAGCCGACCGACAACCUCCUGCACACGGCGCUCAUGCUUCUCUCCAACGGCACCAACACCAUCCUCGCCAUCCUCACUCACUGGGACAUCAUCGACGCCGCCACCGCCGCCGUCUCCAACACCCCACCGUUCAUGGACGAGUCGAUUUUCGACCUCGGCGUCGGCGUCUUCAAGUCGGUCAUCACCAUCUCGGCCGAGACUCCGCUCAUUGUUGUCCUCAACAUCUUCUUUGAGCGCCGCAUCUCCGCCAUCCCCAUCAUCGACGCCACGGGCGUCGUCAUCGACGUCUACUCCAAGUCGGAUGUCUACGACCUCGCCCGGGCCCAGGCGUACGACAACCUGGACAUCUCAGUCCACGAGGCGCUGCAGUACCGCCUCCGCACGCCCUCGGUCCACACCUGCUCCAAGCACGACUCGCUCGCUUCCGUCAUCGACACCAUCCGCGCCACACACGCCCACCGCCUCAUCUGCGUCGACUCGACCUCACGCAUCGUUGGGAUCGUCUCCAUCACCGACCUACUCACCUACAUCAGCGAGGUCAAGGCUUAA